AUGGUAAAAGCAAAGAGUUUUUAUUCAAAGUUCAAAAAGGAGGUAUUGAUGGGUAUCCGUGAGAUACCCGAAGGAUUCAAAGCAAUGAUUGAAGAAGGUGCCAUUGCUCCACAUCCACCAAGACCUCAAGGAAGAUUGGCUAGUUUACAUUCACCUGUAGACCUCUUUGCUAGAGAGUUUGCAAGAAAGUAUCCAAACGUUGGUUAUCUAGAAUUGGAUGAACCAGAUGAUGGUGAAAAGUACAAGCCAAUUGACGAGUCAUCAUUGUCAAUCAAAGAACAAAGACGUCGUGCCAAACAAGAAAAACCAUAUGACAGUGGUAUCGCUGACGAUGACACUCUUCAUGACAACGAGUUGGACCUCGAACUCAGUCAAGAUGCAUUCAACUAUGCAAAAUUCAAAUUGACUGCAAUGAAGAAGGGUCUAUCUGAUCAACAGGCAACUCUCCAAGCCACUCGUGAUGUAUUUAACUUGUUGGAACAAAGAGAGAUUGAACUCAAUCUUAUUAGAGAGCAGGCAAAUCAAAUUGGUGUUCCUUCUUUUGAUCCAAUGAAACAUCUUCAACAUUUAGAAACUCUUCACGAUGAAGUUAGUUCUCGUCAUCAAGAAUAUCUUUUAACUGAACAAAGAGAACAACUUGAAGAAGCUCUAAAAUAUAGAAAAUAUUAUGGUGAUACAUCAGCUCUUCCAUUUGAAUUAAUUGAAGGGUUUUCACCAUAUGAAUUACAUCAAUUUAUUUCUGAACAUCCAGAAUAUAAAGAAUUCUUUUAUAAACCAUUUUUACCACCUGGUUCAAUGGUAGAGUCUCCAGAUACCAUGGAAAGUGCAAAGGCAGCAGUGGUAGAUGAAAAUAAUCUUGACAAUAUUGAAACUGGUGAGGAACUUGACCACAAGCCACAAAAACAAUCACAAUCAAUUGGAGCAUCCAAACAACAAAAGCAACAAGAUGGAGCAUUGGUCAAUUUGACAGAAAAUGGAGUUUCCAUUCAAGAGUUGCUUGGUGGUCAAGAUUUCAAUGGUCAAGCCGAUUUCAAGGGAACCUCAAAAGAAGAUAUCCAACAAUUGCUAGAAAAGUAUCAAAAGAUCCAAAACCACAUCCAAAGAGCCAACUCUCUUCAAGAAUCACUUGACAUUGAAUCAUUGGAUCCAAGAGUCAGUGACAAGGUCCAAUUAAGAUAUUUGGGUGAUUGUAUUCUCUCGAUUGAAAUCUUUAUCGACUAUUUGAAACUCCGUUCUCCAGAGUUUAUCGAUCACAUCAACAAACAAGCCGGUCACAACAUUCUCAAAAACUUGAUCGAGUGUUCUAGAAUGAUCAAAAACUAUGCACUUGUGCUCAAGACCCAACUUCUCUCCUACCGUGUUCUCGGCUACGAAUACACUGAACCAUCUGACGAAGUAUUAAACGCCAUUGAUGACGACCAAGAUACUCCACAAGAUGGUGAAGAGAGAACCAUGAGUCUUGGACAAAUCACAGCCGAUGUAGAAAGAGAGGUCGACAUUUUCGACUUGGAGAAUGCAGGCAACGACGUUGACCAAUUGGGAAGUCAUUUAGACUCGAUGGACUAUCGUUUCAAAAACAUUCUAGACUAUGCAAAAGACCUCAAUCAAGACGAUUUUGUUAACGCCAUUGACGACGAAAUCCACGACGACGAAGAAGAACUCAGAGAAUCAAUGGCCGAAGAAGAGUUUGAGGAAGAUGAAAAUGAAGAUGACGAAGAUGAUGAAGACGAUGACAAUGAAGAAGACAACGAGGAAGAUGACCAAGAAGAAGGAGGAUUCGAUAACUCAUUGGCAACAAAUGAAGAUGCAGAGACCGAGUUGGGCUACCGCUUUUCAGACUACAACUUGGAUAUUGGAAGAGAUGCCAGAAAGUUCAUGUCUGAAGAAGAAGAGAAACUCUUCUUUGACAACUACCAAAACCAAAAGAGAGGAAAAUCAUUGGCUGGUAACGGUCCACUCGAUUUCAAGACUCAAGAUCCACUAGAUUUUAUUUUCUCGAGCAAUGAAACCAAUCAAAAAGAAGCCAACCAAUCCACUGCCAACUCGGCUCCAUGGGCGUCGGUAAACAAGGAAGAGUUUAUCUCUUCUGUUUUCAGAGACAACAGACAACUCUUUGCAGAGUUGCAUGUCGGAGAGGAUGGUAAAAUCGCCUCAUCUUCUACCAACACUGACCUUUUGUUCAAUGGUAAAAUGUCUGACAAGUUGUGGCGCCAAGAUGCCAACAUUGAAUACCCAGUCGUUUGUUCUUUGGCCACAGUCGAUCACCUUGGAAGCAAGAUCUCACCAGAGCUAGCCAAAUACUUUAAUGCUACCCCAGCUCAAGUAGAGCAACCCCAAACCAACUCGACAAGUCUCCAAGCAAAUUUCUAUGACUCGGAUCUCUCCAACCUCGAAACCAUUAAAAACCUUUCUCGUUUCCAAGAUGUUCCCUCUAUCGAGCACAAGGAAGUCAUCAACCCACAAUCUUUUGAAAAAUCAUUCAAGACUACCAUGGCCACUGCCAAAAAUGACAUCUAUGUUGACUCUAUCGACUAUGUCCAAACAAACGCUGCUUUUGAAGAACCAGCAGAGAUAGUCGUUGAUGAGGCCACACAACAAAAGUAUGAAACCCUCAAGGCUAGAUUGAACAAGAUCAACGAAUCUGUCAAGCAAAUUUCUUCUGCCUUUUACGAAAAGGAUAAUGCCGACGUCAAGCAAAUCAUCGCCAAAAAGAAUGAAAUUCUCCAAGGUAAAAGCCUUCAAGACCUUGUUGCAAUGGACCAACCACAAUUUGAUCAACUCCAAUCCCAGAUCACUUUGCUCGAAGAGAAACUAAAACAAACCACUGCCCUCUCGGUUCUCAAGGACAAGUUGGCUCAAAGAAAAUCAAGAGACUAUAGAAAGCAAAAGAGACUUGCCAUCAAGACUGUCGACCAAUUGCUUGUACAACAGACUAGACUUGAAAGAAAAUUAGAUCUCCUCGUGGAAGAGAAUCCAUCGCUUGUCACUCUUCAAGAAAAGGAAACCGUUCUCGCCAUCCAACAAGAAUAUGAUACUGUCCAAUCCAAGCACACCCAAGACCAACUAUCCCAUCACCAUGCUCUUCCAUUGUCCCAACAAUUUAUCAAUUCAUUCUGGCAUGAUCUCUCCCCAAGUGAAAAGAAAAGAUCUUGGUUCAAUUCAAACAACAACAAAAACAACAAAAGUAACAACAACAACAACAACAAUAGUAAUAUUAUUUUGACACCACAAGAGGAAAAACAAUUCAAAGCAAAUAUUGAGACCAACUAUGAUGAUGUAGACUAUGGACAAGUUCAAUUAAAAUCAACUGAUCUUUAA